ACAGAGGAUAUAUUUUCAACAAAUUUCAUAACGUAUUUCCACGGGAAUCCAAUAGACGACGUAGAUGUCGUCCACCAUGUACACCAGGUACCUUGUAGACCACUUCCAUCUUGAUAUUCAUGUUCAAUGAAUAUGUGAACUCACAGAGGAUAUAUUUUCAACAAAUUUCAUAACGUAUUUCCACGGGAAUCCAAUAGACGACGUAGAUGUCGUCCACCAUGUACCCUGUAGACCACUUCCAUCGUGAUAUUCAUGUUCAAUGAACUUGUAAACUCCCAGAGGAUAUAUUUUCAACAAAUUUCAUAACGUAUUUCAACGGGAAUCUAAUAGACGACGUAGAUGUUGUCCGCCAUGUACACCAGGUACCUUGUAGACCACUUCCAUCUUGAUAUUCAUGUUCAAUGAAUAUGUAAACUCACAGAGGAUAUAUUUUCGACCAAUUUCAGAACGUAUUUCCACGGGAAUCCAAUAGACGACGUAGAUGUCGUCCACCAUGUACCCUGUAGACCACUUCCAUCGUGAUAUUCAUGUUCAAUGAACUUGUAAACUCCCAGAGGAUAUAUUUUCAACAAAUUUCAUAACGUAUUUCAACGGGAAUCUAAUAGACGACGUAGAUGUUGUCCGCCAUGUACACCAGGUACCUUGUAGACCACUUCCAUCUUGAUAUUCAUGUUCAAUGAAUAUGUAAACUCACAGAGGAUAUAUUUUCGACCAAUUUCAGAACGUAUUUCCACGGGGAUCCAAUAGACGACGUAGAUGUCGUCCACCAUGUACACCAGGUACCUUGUAGACCACUUCCAUCUUGAUAUUCAUGUUCAAUGAAUAUGUAAACUCACAGAGGAUAUAUAUUCAACCAAUUUCAUAACGUAUUUCCACGGGGAUCCAAUAGACGACGUAGAUGUUGUCCGCCAUGUACACCAGGUACCUUGUAGACCACUUCCAUCUUGAUAUUCAUGUUCAAUGAAUAUGUAAACUCCCAGAUGAUAUAUAUUCAACCAAUUUCAUAACCUAUUUCCACAAGAAUCCAAUAGACGACGUAGAUGUUGUCCGCCAUAUACACCAGGUACCUUGUAGACCACUUCCAUCGUGAUAUUCAUGUUCAAUGAACUUGUAAACUCCCAGAGGAUAUAUAUUCAACCAAUUUCAUAACGUAUUUCCACGGGAAUCCAAUAGACGACGUAGAUGUCGUCCACCAUGUACCUUGUAGAUCACUUCCAUCGUGAUAUACUUGUUCAACGAUUUUGUAAAACCUCAGGGUAUUUAUACUCGACCAAUUUCAUAACUUAUUUCCACGGAAAUCCAAUAGACGACGUAGAUGUCAUCCACCAUGCACACCAGAUAUCUUAUAAACUUCUUCUGUCGUGAUAUGCUCAACGAUGUUUUAAACCCCCAGGGUAUAUAUAAUCGACAAAUUUCUUAACAAAUUUUCAAGGGAAUCCAGUAGACGACGUAGAUGCCGUCCACCAUGCACACCAGGCACCUUAUAAACCUCUUCUGUCGUGAUAUGCUUGUUCAACGAUUUUUUAAAACCCCAUGGUAUAUAUAAUCGACAGAUUUCCACGGGACUCCACGAGACGACGUAGACGCCGUCCAACAUGCGCACCAGGUACAUCGUAGACCACUUUUGUCGUGAUAUUUAUGUUCAAUGACCUCGUAAGCCCCCAGGGUGUCUAUAUUUCGAAAAUUUCUUAACGAAUUUCCAGGGGACUUCAUGAGACGAUGUAGAUGACGUCCACCAUAAGCAACAGGUACCUUGUAGACCUCUUCUGUCGUGAUAUAUGUGUUCAACGAUCUCGUAAACUCUCAGGGUAUCUAUGAUCGUCCAAUUUCAUAACUCAUUUUCACGAAAAUCCAAUAGACCAUGUAGAUGUCGGCCAUCCUGAGCACUAGGUACCUCGUACAUCACUCAGUCGUGUUAUUCGCAUUCAACAAUCUUGUAAACCUUCAGAGUAUAUAUAGUAGACCAAUUUCGUAACGUAUUUUUACGGGAAUCCAAUAGACGACGUAGAUGCCGUCCACCAUGCGCACCAGGUACCUAUUAGACCACUUCGGUCGUGAUACUCGUCUUCAGCGAUCUAGUAAAAUCUUGUCAAAUUGAAUUUAUUACAUACAAUAUUUUUCCAGUUAUAAGUUUCCCUAGGCUCUUUCGAAUCGAAUGCACUUUGUUACAUCUUAAUGCUCAGAAAUCCCUAAGUUCUAUACUUAAUUUCCUGGACUAUUAUUCUUCUUUUGUGCUCCAUUUCUUUAACUAUAGGUAAGAAAAUAUCUACAACUUUUUAAAUUAUAAAAAAAAGGAGAAAAAUUGCAAAUAUUAAAAACGAGUUUAUGUCGUUGAUCGAAUCAAUCGACCGAUUAAUUUAAAUCCAUUCAUAUUAUUAUACAAAACCAAUAAUACUACGGAGCGAUGUUGUCAAAAUACUGAAAACAUAUAACAAUUUAAAAUAAAAUAACUCGUUUAAGAUAGAAAAAUAAUAUUAGUAAACAAAUAAUAGUAAAAAAUCAUUAUAUCAAUUACAAAAAACAAUAAUGAACAAAGUUUUUAACGAUUAUUUGUUAUUAAAUAAUAAAAUUAUUUUGUUAAACGUGACAACGUUGUAGAAUCGUAAACACAGGAGCCGCCAUUUUGAUAUAUUAAGUUGUAUAGUUUGCAAGUGUUUUGGUUCAUGUUUUUAGAUUAAUUUUAUUAUUUCCGACUUCGUGAGUGUUUUAAAUAAAAAAUAUUUCGUCAGUGAGAUAAAUAAGGUGUAAUAAAUCGUAAAAUAACUAUAGAUCACGUAGAACUAAAACAAAAAACCAAAUAACCAAGUAUUUAAAGUGUCGUGCAAGUGUAAUUUGAAACCUGGGGAGCCACAUCUACAGGGUGGUCUCUGAAACAAUGGUAGAAACAGUACUGUCCAGUGAAAUUACGCGCAGUCAGCAUGAAGAAAUCAAAGUUGCACACAAAAACGCAUUCGUAUACUUAUCUGGAUAAACCCAAAGUGAAACGUCGUCAUGGUAUUUUUGACUCUCUCGUGACAUCUCUUUCGACAUUUUUGUGGCCGGUGGCAAACGAUUUACGACCAACUGCUCCAACGAGGAGUUGGAUAGAAGCAACUUUUUACAAGAGAGAAUGUUCGCGUUACAUACGUCAUACCAAAGAUCCUUUGAGAUGUUGCUGCGGAAGAGUAUUGGAACAACAUAAACCAACGGCGGAUACCCAACCUCCCCAACCCGGAGAACUAUGGUAUCCGAGCAAGUGCACAAUAGCCAGUCCUACCGACGCUUACGGUAUAUUAGAGUUUCAAGGUGGUCCGCAUCCUUCCAAAGCUCAGUAUAUACGAGUGGCUCAUGACACGAAACCCGAAUACUUAAUGCAGUUAAUAACUCGAGAAUGGAAUCUGGAAUUACCGAAACUGUUAAUAUCCAUUCAAGGCGGUAAAGCGAACUUCGAAUUACAACCGAAACUCAAAAAAGUACUUAGAAAAGGUUUGCUGAAAGCCGCCAGGUCGACGGGAGCUUGGAUAUUUACCGGGGGAACGAAUACGGGUGUUACGAAACACGUCGGAGACGCGUUACUAUUAGAACGAUCCCAACGUACCGGUAGAGUUAAUACUUUGGGUAUAGCACCAUGGGGUAUAGUCGAAAACAAUCAAGAUCUCAUCGGACAACACACCGAAGUACCAUAUCAUUCCAUAUCAUCGCCAAGAUCAAAAAACGCCGCUUUAAACAAUCGACACGCCUAUUUUCUUCUAGUCGAUAAUGGUACCGUUGGAAAAUACGGAGCUGAAAUUAUACUCAGAAGAAAAUUGGAAAAAUACAUAUCGAAACAGAGAUUAUAUCCUUUUACUCAAAGUCCUAUACCGAUAGUAUGUUUAGUAAUCGAAGGCGGUACCAAUACAAUAAGAGCGGUACUAGAAUACGUCACCGACGAACCACCGGUACCGGUAGUCGUCUGCGACGGAUCCGGCAGAGCCGCCGACAUCAUAGCCUUCAUGUGCAAAUACGAAUGCUCCGUACUCAAAUCCAUGAAAGAAUACAUUAUAGCCACCAUCCAAAGGGCAUUCGAAGUAGCCGCCGAAUUAGCCGAAGGUCUAUUCACGGAAUUGAUGCAAUGCGUAGAAAAUAAACAUUUGAUAACCGUUUUCCGUAUAGCCGAUAAGUACGACCAAAAACCCCAAGAAUUGGACCAAAUAAUUUUAACGGCACUAUUCAAAUCUCAACACCUUUCUCCUACCGAACAACUCAGUUUGGCGUUGACGUGGAACCGCGCCGAUAUCGCCAGAUCGGAAAUAUUCGUUUACGGACAGGAAUGGCCGGCGGGCGCUUUGGAAGACGCUAUGAUAAAAGCGUUGGAACACGAUCGGUGCGAUUUCGUGAAAUUGUUGUUGGAGAACGGAGUGAGCAUGAGAAAAUUCUUGACAAUACCGAGAUUAGAAAAUUUGUACAAUUCGAAACAGGGUCCCAGUAAUACGUUGGGAUAUAUCCUGAGGGACGUCAGGCCUCACAUACCGCCGGGGUAUGUUUAUACUUUACACGAUAUCGGAUUAGUUAUUAAUAAAUUGAUGGGAGGAGCGUACAGAGCUUUAUAUACACGUAGAAAAUUCAGACCUAUUUACGCGAAAAUAAUGAACAAAGGCCACAGUAUGGCAAACACUUCCGGAAGAAAUUUAGGAGCACUUGGACUUAUUCCUGGUUGUAUACCAGGAGCGGCGAGUCCUUGCUUAUUUGAUUAUCCUUUUAACGAAUUAUUGAUUUGGGCGGUUCUGAUGAAAAGACACAAAAUGGCGCUUUUGAUGUGGCAACACGGCGAAGAAGCUUUAGCGAAAGCUUUGGUGGCUUGCAAACUAUACAAAGCGAUGGCGCACGAAGCGGCCGAGGACGACAUGGAAACGGAAGUGUACGAAGAAUUACGAGCGUACGGAAAAGAAUUCGAAAAUAUCGCUCUGGAAGUACUCGAUUAUUGUUAUCGACAAGACGACGAUCAAACGCAACAAUUGCUCACGUGCGAGCUGCAAAAUUGGUCGGGGCACACGUGUCUGAGUCUCGCCGUUAGCGCCAAUCAUCGCGCCCUUUUGGCCCACCCCUGUUCGCAAAUUAUACUCGCCGAUUUGUGGAUGGGGGGAUUGCGUACGAGAAAAAACACCAACAUAAAGGUGAUACUCGGUCUGUUAUGUAUGCCGUACAUAUUCAAAUUGGAGUUCAAAUCGAAGGAGGAGCUUCAGUUGAUGCCUCAAACGACGGAGGAGCACAUGGAAUUGGAGAACGACGACGACGACGACAAAUCCGAUUCGGAGAAAAAUCAAGACGCCGAUGUAAGUCGCGGAAAAUCCGCUAAAACUCCGAAGCGUACUAGAAGUUUGAGUAUUCGGAACAAGUCGCCAAAUCCAACAGGUGUCAAGGCGCUUUUGACGGAAAAUUUCAUUACUAGAGAUACGGUCGUACAACAAAAUGGUGGUAAACUUAUACCGGAUUUCGACGACGAAAAAUUCAAACAAUUUAACAAAGGAAGAGAAUUGAAGAUGAAGAAAAAACUGUACGAGUUUUAUACGGCUCCUAUAACGAAAUUUUGGUCAAACUCUAUUGCGUACCUCGCGUUUUUAGUCCUAUUCAGUUUCACGAUAUUAGUUAAAAUGGAACACGUUCCCAAUUGGCAAGAAAUUUUUGCGACGGCAUUCAUAUUAUCGUUGGGUUGCGAGAAAUUACGAGAAUUAUUCUCUUCCGAACCUGUGGGUAUUUCGCAAAAAUUCGCGGUUUGGUCUUGGAACAUGUGGAAUCCUAGCGACAUGGCGGCCGUGUUCAUGUUCAUGGUCGGAAUGUCGUUGAGAUAUCAAACGGACAAACUAUCCGCGGGAAGAGUGAUUUAUUGUACCAAUUGUAUAUAUUGGUAUUUGAGGAUACUGAACAUUCUCAGUGUCAAUAAAUAUCUAGGUCCUCUUGUAACCAUGAUGGGAAAAAUGGUUAAAAACAUGAUUUACUUCAUCGUUUUAUUGUUAAUUAUCCUUAUGAGUUUCGGUGUUGCUCGUCAAGCCAUUCUAAAACCUAACGAACCCCCGACAUGGAGUCUCGCAAGGGAUGUAUUUUUCGAACCUUACUUCAUGUUAUACGGCGAAGUAUUCGCCGACGAAAUCGAUCCGCCGUGCGGCGGCGAGGACGAAGAAGUUUGCGUACCAGGACGGUGGAUAUCGCCCGUAAUAAUGUCGAUGUACCUUUUGGUGGCCAAUAUCCUUCUAAUCAAUCUCCUCAUAGCGGUAUUCAACAACAUAUUCAACGAAGUCAACGCCAUAGCUCAUCAAGUAUGGAUGUUUCAAAGGUUCACCGUCGUCAUGGAAUACGAACAAAAACCCCUACUACCGCCGCCUUUCAUAAUAUUCUCCCACUUGUAUCUCGUGUUGAAGUACCUGAAGAGAAAAUUGGAAGGAAUCGAGGAAAGUUACGAUAACGGAUUAAAGUUGUUUUUGGAUAAGGACGAAAUGGAAAGGUUGUACGAUUUCGAAGAGGAUUGCGUCGAAGGCUAUUUCGCCGAACAAGAAAACAAACUCCAACAAUCUACAGAGGAACGUAUCAAAAUCACCACCGAACGAAUCGAACAUUUGACUCAAAAAGUCGAAGAUAUAGUGAGCAAGGAAAAUUUGCAAACGACCGUUUUGCAAAAUUUGGACGUACGCACGCGCAGAUACACCGAGCAGAUGCAAGAUUUAAUCGACGACGUCGAUGCCGUUAAACAAUCGAUCGAACAAAACCAAACGGAUUAUCCGGUUCGGGUAUCGUCCUCGAGGCAAAGGACGAUAAGCGAACAGAGCGAAUUAUCCGAGGAUAAUACAAUCGUCGGACAAACCGUACAAUCGAACAGGAAAAAAAUGGUGGUUAGAUCGUUGACGGAAGUCAGACCGGACGCUUAUAUAUUCGAUAACGGUCAACAUAUCGAAUAUAGAUACGCGGAUGAAGACGAAGAAACCGAACAAUUGGAUAAUAUAUCGGUGGCGGGCAGUGUACAACAACAACAACAACCGAAUUUGUUGCGACAAAGGACUAGGAGUACCGAAUCGAAGGAAUCGUCGGAAAGCGAUAAGAAAAACGACGAAAUUUUAAUCGACGACGUCGCCAGAUUUAAUUCGGAGAUUUUGAAAGCGAGGGCGACGCAAAAACGGAGAGAUUCCACGGGGACGAUUCGGAGGGGAUCGGAAAGUGGUACCGUCAUCGCAUGCGAUCUACGGCCACCUUUUUUAACGCCAAAAAGCCUCUCUUUCUGCCACAUUUUCAGGAAAUUAGGUGAAGAUUCCCAACAUUCCUCGAAACCCUCGCUACCGAAACGGCAAUUCUCCCAAACGCAAUCCGAACCGGAAACCACCGAUCCCCCGGCGGCGACUCUACCGACGAGUACCAUCUCCUUAGAACGAUCGGUGACUUUUACCGAACCGAAAAUUAAAGUUAUACCGCCGGUAAGCAGCCGAUCGGCGUUACUGAUGCACAUGCAUACCGAAUAUACCAGUAUUACUGACGAAUUGGAAUCGGUUUGUGGUCUAUUUAGUCCGCCGAAGUCGCCCGGAUUGUUGAGUCCGCCUAGGCCGGAGCAAUCGCCUCCAAGUACGCGUAAGAGAAAUCCAUCGGAAAUGUCGAAUCCGGAAAUCGCCCUCAAUUUGGAAAAGGAACAUCUUCGUAGUGCCGAAGAAAGCGACUACAUGGUUAUGGAGAACUUGAUCCAACGUAGGUACAGCGAAGAAGACGAAGAAAUCGACGAUGACGUCAUCGAACGGCCGGCCGGUAGAAACCCCACGCUAUUAAAAGUCGUUACAGAAACUAGGGAAUUUCGAGUCAACUCGUGGCCGGUUCGCGGAGCUCUUCUUCAGAGAUCGUCGGCCGUUGAAGAACCCCCGACACCAAUCCGACACAUAGGUUCGAGCAGUUCGUCGACUGAUCGCCAAGAUUCGACCGAAUCCAGCGACAAUACCGCAGCCGCCAUUAAUCAAUUCCCCAUGCCGCAACGGCCGUCGAUCGUUAUAGAUUCCUCUCAAUUACCUACCCUUCAAAGGGAAGCGCUCCCUACGGCCGAAUCGAAAGGAAGUCUCCAUAUGCAAUCGGAAACUAUGUGUUAGUCGAUAAAUAUGAAAUUGUACGCUCAUUUUGGAAAUAUAAAUUUGAGGUUAGAAACAUUUUUAGUUAUUCAGAUAUGUCUCUCGAGAAGUUGGGUGAUUUCGGAAAAGUUUUGAUUACGAAUAUUGAAAUUAACAAUAUUCACAUCUUGAGGUUUUUGGGGGAAAAUGUUUUUUUACCAAAAUUAGAAGAAGAUUGAAAAAAUAUCUAAAAAAAUUUUGUUAAACUUUUCAAAAUGCGAAUUUGGUUGAUUUUUUGCAAAAACAACUCGAGGAAAUGAAAAUUUUAGGCAAAAUAAUUUUUGUAGACCAAUUGGUACUAAUGAGUAACGUUUUUUCAAAUGAAAUUACUGACAUAAUCAAAAUUUGGGAUCUUGAAACGGAAAUAUAUCAUUUGAAAGGAAAAAACGAGUUUUAUUUAUUUUUAUUUUUAUACACGCAAUGCCAUCAUUUCGACAAUACACAAACCUCACUAUUUAAUCUACUCUACAGAAGAAAUCAGUAGAAUUGAUAAUGUAGUUUGGAUAUUCUAACAUAGAGAGCGCCACCGAUAUUAUUCUAAUUUUAAAUGUCGUAGCGUCGUCUCUUCGAUAGCAGCACCAUCUUUUUGAUAGUACCCGAACCUAGCGUUUGAAUCUAUUUUACAGUGAGAAAUCUGUACAAUUGUUAAUUUAGUUUGGACAUUGUGGCAUAGAGGGCGCAGCGGAUAUUAUUCUAACACUCUUCCUUUGCUCUAUUUGACUUUUUAAUGAACGCAGCGCCAUCUUUUCGAUGGUACCCAAACUUUGCGUUUAAAUCUACUGUACAGUGAGAAACCAGUAGAUUUGAUUUUGAAGUUUGGACAUUGUAGCAAUAAUAAUAAGGUAAUAAGGGUUGAAAUUGAAGGGUUUCCAUAGGGUCAAUUAAAUAAAAAUUUUGUAUAAAUUAUUUAUUUCACAAAAAAAAAAUGAAAAUAUUAAUAAAUAAAAGU